GGAGCGGGGCUGCGGGAGGGAGCAGGUGCCGGGCAGCCUGGCCGCACGCUGCCCGAGCCGCUGGCUCGCCUCUGUGCGCUGGUGGCUUCUGAUGCCUUCGCUCCGGACUUCCCACUCGUGGCUCUGAUGUCCUUUGCCUCCCCCUCGACACCCAGCCUGGGAUGCUGGCUUUCCUCCUGGCAGGCUGUGCCAGCCACGUGCCGUCGCCUCGGAGUGUUUUCCAGUCGUGUGUCCCUGCCUCGCUGGGUCUUUGAGCUCUCCGUAGUCUGAAAAUCCCCUCUGCUUCAGCGGGAUCCUUCAGCUCUGCCGAGUCUUUGGCUUCCUGGUCUUUGGCCACCCUGUUCCUUGGCCACAUCUGUUCAGACCUUGCUCUUGACUAAGCUUGUCCCCUUGGAAGCUUCGAGAAGAGCAGUCAGUGUCACGCGGAGGUGCGGGCAGAGCUUGUCCUGGCUCAGUAGGAUACGGGCUGCGGCAGGAGCGGUUUGGGGGCCAUGGGCCGUCGGCUCAUCCGCGGUGUCUCUGGGGCCGCAGUCUUCCUUGCCAGCGUGGCUCUCCUCUCCAUGCGGCACCGUGGGGCUCGGGAAGCAGCUCAGUACCCAGGGAUCGGGGAGGGGAUGCUGGAGAAGCCAGAGCAACAGAGCGAAGGGAGCCCAGAGGGAGCUGCUGGCAGGGGGAAGAAGGACCUCAGACUCCAUGCGCCGUGGGUGUACAGGACUGAGGGAAGCCUGACGCUUGGGGACAUUUUCAUAGCUGUGAAAACAACCAAGAGGUUUCACCAGAGCAGGAUGGAGCUGCUCCUGGACACCUGGAUAUCCCAGGCCAGCGAACAGACCUACAUCUUCACUGAUGAAGAAGAUGGUGCCUUGAAAAAGAGAAUGGGUGGCCAUGUGAUCUUCACCAACUGCUCUGCCGAGCACAGCCACCUGGCCCUGUCCUGCAAGAUGGCUGCAGAGUUCGACGCCUUCCUGGCCAGCGGCCUGAGCUGGUUUUGCCACUUGGAUGAUGACAACUACCUGAACCCUCGGGCGCUCCUGAAGCUCUUGUCCUCCUAUGCGGAGACGUGGGAUGUUUACCUGGGAAAACCCAGCCUGAACCGACCCAUCUGGGCCUCCGAAACGCUGCCAAACAACCAGACGAAAUCUGUGCACUUCUGGUUUGCCACAGGAGGGGCUGGCUUCUGCAUCAGCCGCAAGCUGGCAAGGAAGAUGGUGCCCUGGGCCAGUGGCAGGAACUUCCUGAGCACUUCCGAGCUCAUCCGCCUGCCGGAUGACUGCACCGUGGGUUACAUCAUCGAGUGCAAAGUCGGUAGGCAGCUGAUUCCCAAUGCACUCUUCCACUCCCACCUGGAGAACCUGUAGCUCAUCCCCACCUCUCAGCUCCUGCAGCAGGUCACCCUCAGCUAUGGUGUGUUUGAGAACAAACUCAAUGUCAUUGAGCUCAGCGGCCCCUUCUCGCCCCAGGAGGAUCCCUCGAGGU